CUAGACUGCCAAAAAUUACAAAAAUUUCAGUCAUUCUCCUCUUCAAGUCACCACUUUCCGCAGUAUCCUAUCCGCCGACAUUUUCGAAAAUAAUAAGGCUGUUUAUUAUUUUAACAUCGACAAUGAUUCCAAGCUGCUCCAACUAGCUGCAACUGCCAUUCAUUAGUGUCGCUGAUUAAGGUUGGAUCAUUCGAUAUUUCGAUAAUCGAUAUGCGGAACCUACGCAACAUCGGGCAUGCCGUCUUCCGUGCCCCGCCAUCGACCUCAUCCUCGACUUUGACCUUGUCGGCUACCUGCUGGGAUGUGUCGAGGGAUGAGGUGAUUGUCGCGCGCGGGCCGGCACCCGACGAUGCCCGCAUCGAGCUCCUGCGACUCGCAAGGCACACCCAGAAUCUGCCACCCUCACAUCUAGAGUCGAGACUCAUUACAUCGUGGGAUGUCUUGAGCCAGACCGAGAAUGGCGAGCCAGAUGUCAUCAGGAGCAUGCACUACUUCAGCGAUACCUUGACGACAUGUGUGAUCAUGGCCGGAGGUGACAUCGUGGUCGUCACCGAAGAUGAAGAAGGCAUCGCUGUUCCUGGCGAGGCACACGUCGAGAUCGUAGGCACGCUGUCACCGUCCAUUGUUGCGGCACGAUGGUCUCCGGACGAGGAGCUGCUUGUCCUUGCCACAGGGGACGCGAAAAUAGUGUUUAUGAGUCGAAGCUUCGACGUCAUCGCUGAGGUAGGACUCAGUUCUGAGGACCUGAAGCUCUCCAAGCACGUCUCGGUCGGUUGGGGCAAAAAGGAGACCCAAUUUCAGGGCAGGGGUGCCAAGGCCAAGGCCUUGCGAGAUCCCACUAUCCCUGAGAAGGUGGAUGAGGGCACUCUGAGCCCGGAGGAUGAUGGGCGCUGCACCAUCAGCUGGAGGGGAGAUGGCGCCUACGUCGCUGUCAAUUUUCUCCAGGAAGGGCUGCGGCGCGUCAUCCGUGUCUAUAACCGCGAUGGUGAGUUGGACAGCGUCAGUGAGCCCGUUGACGGGCUCGAGGGUGCUCUAAACUGGCGACCCGAGGGGAACCUCAUAGCUGGGAUACAGCGCCUUCCAGACCGUGUGGAUGUGGCCUUCUUCGAGAGAAACGGCUUGCGGCAUGGGCAAUUCACCCUACGAGCCCCGAGCGAUGCGCCAGAUGCCAUGCGAGAUUUGGCCCUUGAGUGGAACUCGGAUUCAACCGUCCUCGCUGUCAUUCUGAAGGAUAGAAUUCAGCUUUGGACGAUGGGUAACUAUCACUGGUACUUGAAACAGGAAGUUCUCUGUGAGCAGGAAAUCAAAAGGCCAUACUUUUCGUGGCAUGCCGAAAAACCACUCCUUUUCGCUGCUGCCACAAGCAGCAAGGUACUCGUCAAUGAAUAUGUGCUAGCUGUCGCGAGAGGCCCGACAAGGCCGCCUCAUGACCACGGAGCUGCUGCAGUGAUUGAUGGACGGACCGUCAAAUUCACCCCUUUCCGGACCGCUAACGUCCCGCCGCCGAUGGCCAUGUGUGAACUCGAAGUCGAGUCUCCUGUCAUCGAUGUCGCAUUCGCUACAGACUGCUCCUCAAUGGCUGUCCUGCACCGACUUGGUGUCAGCUUUUUUACCCUCGAAACUAAAGGCUCUCGCCUGUCCAGUCCAAGGCUUGUGUCCAUGAUGGCGUUCGACAAGACCAGCCUCAAACUGUACGAAGAGUCACCGCUCCAAGUGGCCUUCUCAGGUCUGAGCGAGGUUCAGGUCCUGCACAUGGCGGAGGAUCUCGAGCUGUUGCGAUGUGACUUUGGGGCUGCUGAUCAAACGACUAGAAGCUGGAUAAAGACAGAGGCAAACUCAGUUGCGACAAUAUUAUCGUCCGACUCCUCUUCAGUUGAUGGUGUUGUGACCCAGCAGUUUUCUGGGAGGUUUACAGCUGUAUCGUCUAAAGAGCACCGGCUUCUUCCCGUUCAGUUCCCUAGUUUCUUGCCGUGGGCCAGUUUCACCGCUGUUGGGGAGGAGCUCCUUGCAUUUGGCUUAUCGAGAAACGGUCAACUUUAUGCCAAUAAGCGACAGCUUGCAAAGAACUGCACCUCGUUUCUUGUCACGGACAGUCAUCUCAUCUUUACAACCAGCAACCACUUUGUCAAAUUCGUCCAUCUGGCCGCUGAGCAAGAUCUCGAUGUGCCCCCGGAUGACCCCGAAAAGGACGAACGAUGCCGGAGCAUUGAACGCGGCGGGAGGCUCGUCACGGCCAUGCCUACCAAGAUGAGCCUGGUCCUCCAGAUGCCGCGUGGCAACCUUGAGACCAUCUAUCCGCGUGCCAUGGUUCUGGCUGGGAUCAGAAAGCUCAUUGAGAACAAGGACUACGGCUCAGCUUUUGCCACAUGCCGAACCCAGCGCGUGGAUAUGAAUCUACUCUUUGAUCACCGGCCCGAGCAGUUCCUGGACAAUAUAGGCCUUUUCCUAGACCAGGUGAAGGAUGCAGCCAACAUCGACCUAUUUCUCUCCACGCUGAAGGACGAAGAUGUCACCCAAACAAUGUACAGAGACACCAAAUCGGCUCCUUUACGAGAAACCCCUUUGGACACCAAAUCCGCGGUCAAGCCGGGCAAGGUCAACAUAAUCUGUGACGCUGUUUUGCGGAGACUCCUAACUCAGAAGAAUGCCAACCUCCAAAACAUUAUUACGGCUUACGUCUGCAAGAAUCCGCCGGCGCUUGACGAUGGCCUGCUCGUGGUUGCCGAGCUUAUGCAGGAAGACGAGACGCUGGCGGAGCGUGCAGUCGAGCACAUCUGUUUCCUGACCGAUGUCAACAAGCUGUAUGACCAUGCCCUCGGUCUCUACAACCUCGACCUUACCUUGUUGGUGGCUCAGCAAUCCCAGCGGGAUCCGCGAGAAUACCUGCCAUUCAUUCAGGAGCUCCACAAGAUGCCGGCAUUGAAGCGGCAGUUCACGAUUGAUGACAAGCUGCAACACUGGGAAAAGGCUCUUGAACACUUGAAGGCGCUCAACAAUUUCGAUGAUGUCAAGAACUACAUCGUAAAACAUAAGCUCUAUCAACACGCUCUAAAAAUCUACCGCCACGAGGAACAGCACCACCGGGCCAUAACCGAUCUCUUCGCUUCGUAUCUCAAAUCCACCUCCCGCUUCAAAGAAGCCGGCCUCGCCUACGAAUCCCUCGGCAACUUCGGCGACGCUACAGAUUGCUACCUCAAAGCCGGCACGUCCUGCUGGCGUGAGUGUCUCUACGCCGCGCAGCAACAGCAGUCCCCGCCCCUCACACCCUCCCAACUGUCCGAAAUCGCCACCUCCCUCGCCGACGCCCUUCGCGAGGCAAAAGACUACGCCGCCGCCGCCGCCAUUUACCUAGACUACCUCUCCUCAGUCGACACCGCCAUCCAGCAGCUCUGCAAGGGCUACCUCUUUGCCGACGCCAUGCGGCUCGCAGCCCUGCACAACCGAAUCGACCUACUCGAGACCACCAUCGACACGGGCCUCGCAGAAGCCUUCUCCUCGAGCACCGAGUUUCUCGCCGACUGCAGGGAGCAGCUCAAGGCGCAGGUGCCGCGCAUCGCCGAAUUGCGGCGCCGCGCCCGCGAGGACCCCCUCGCCUUUUACGAGGGCGAGAACCCCUUUGGCAGUCGCACCAAUGCCAAUACCGGUGGUGAUGGUGGUGAUAUCCCCGACGACAUCUCCAUCGCCGCCUCCACGUCCGGCCUCAGCACCAGCGCAAGCCUCUUCACCCGCUACACAGGCAAAGGCGGCGGCGCUGGCAGCGUGGGCACCCUCGGCAGCAACGUCUCGCGCGCGACGAGCAAGAACCGUCGCAGGGAAGAAAAGAAGCGCGCGCGCGGCCGGAAAGGCACCGUCUACGAAGAGGAGUACCUCGUUAACAGCGUGCGGAGGUUGGUUGAGAGGGUCGAGGCGACCAAGCCUGAGGUGGAAAGGCUUGUGUUUGGGCUGGUUAGGAGGGGCAUGGCGGAGCGGGCGAGGACGAUCGAGGAUUUGAUGGUGCAGGUUGUUGUGGGUUGCAAGGCGGCUGUUGAUGAGGUGUGGCCUGCUUCGGGUUUGGUUCCUGCGGACGAGGGGGUUGGUAACGGUCAGGUGCCGCUAGGUCCAAUCUCUGGGGAGGGCUACGACCCGGCGGCGGCGCGGUAUAGGCCUGCUGGCGGGGAGGGUGUGCUGUUUGACAGUUUGGAGGCUGUUAAAGCGCGCCAGGCGCCGCCUGUUGUGGGGGAGUUUGAGAGGUUGAGUCUGCUUGGGAAAAGGUGAGGGCGAGUGGCUGGAUUGAUGGGUGAUAUGGACGGCAGUUCAGGGGUUGAGGCGUGACGCUGAGUAGGAAAUGGCACGGGACUUUGCGGCAGGAUCAGGAGUUAAAAAGCACUUUGCCGUGAUCUAAAAGGAAAUAAAGCUGAUUGUCUG